CACGUGCGAGUGACAAAAAGUGGUUUAGAGAAAUAUGAAGAAAACUAUUCGGAAGCUCAAGCGUGGUCUGAAACAGAAGGAAAAUAAUAAUAAUAAUAAUGCGUCGCAACCGGUGGAGGAGAGAAUCACGUGGACGAUGGACUCCUCGCCAGGUGCCUUGAUGGAGGAGUAUGAGCUGAUGAAUCAGCACAAGUACAGGAUUUACAUGUCGAACAUUGACAAGGCGCUGAAGAACUUCGAAUAUUCCAGCGAAUGGGCCGAUUUGAUAUCAGCGCUGGGCAAGUUGAAUAAGGUGAUAUCGAGUUAUCCGCAGUAUCAGAUAAUUCCGCGAAGGAUCAAGAUUUCCAAGCGCUUGGCACAAUGCAUGCAUCCGGCGUUGCCCUCUGGGGUUCAUCUCAAAGCCCUGGAGACGUACGAUGUGAUCUUCAGCAACACAGGAACGGAGAGAUUGGCCACGGAGUUGUUUAUCUACAGUGCAGGAUUGUUUCCGCUGCUUGGCUAUGCGGCGAUGAAUGUGCGACCGACUCUGCUGGGGAUUUAUGAGAAGUACUUUGUGCCUCUCGGAGAGAGAUUGAGGCCAGCCUUGAGUGGAUUCCUGAGUGGCGUUUUGCCUGGAUAUGAGUCGGGAUUGGAUCACUUUGACAGGACAAACUCACUGCUGAACCUCGUGUGUGCUGCUGUGAAUCCUUUCUGCUUCUACACUUGUCUCUGGGAAUGUGUGGCCACAAAUGCAUCCAUCAGAUUGCCGGCAGUGUCAUAUAUUCUGGAUCAUUUCCAUAAGAAGGUGCCGAUGGAGGAGCAAAAGUACUUUCUGGGGAAGAAUCACGAUGUCCUGAUGGCGGGAUUGUGUGCGUGCUUGAAUGACAAUGUGAUUCUGGUGCAGAGGAAUUGUCUGGAGUUUCUUCUGCUGGGAUUUCCGAUGCACACGAGUCUCGUGAGUCGAGUGGAUCUGGUGAGAUUGGUGACAAAUGGACUGAAUACCAUCUUGAGGCGGGAUAUGUCACUCAACAGGCGUCUCUACUCGUGGCUGCUGGGAACUGAGGUGACAAAUGGAAGGAGUCCUGUUGAGGAACCACCUCCGAUCACUGAAGAAUCCUCUCAGUCAUAUUUCCAGCGACACUCGCAAGCGAUUCUAUUCAAAGCGCUGAAUCAAACCCUAAAGAACAGUCUCAAUCAUGAUCCUGUGGAUCUACGACCGUAUAAAAUCCUGAUAUCGCUUCUGGACAAGGUAGAAAUUGGUCCUGUGAUCCUGGAUGAGGUGUUGUGUGAUGUCAUAAGGACAAUGUCUCUGUCCGGAGGUUACAGUGAAGUGGGAAAGUCAGCAAAUCUGCUCUUUGCCACCUUUGAUCCUGCUUACAUCUGGACUUACAUGUCGGGUCUGUACGAAAAGGCAUGCAAGGCGCCUUCGGGGAAGUCAAAACUCACCCUGAGCCUGGAGAGGAAGGAUUUUGGCAAAGAUGUGCUGCCUGAGGUGGAUUCUGGACCGCCUCUUCUCACGGAGGUUUGCUAUUUGACAGAGUAUCUCUUGGAGACAAUCUCCCUGGAGACAUACAAUGAGACGACGAGGAUUCACUUGCCCAAAGUAUUCCUGGCCAUCACACAAAUGCUGACGAUUUAUUCGGAAAACUUGACUCAUGAUGAAGUCAGGGCGUCUUUGAAGCUGUGCAUGAAGAUUGUCUCGCGCGUUCAGCCCAUGAUAACCAGUCCGGCGAGACACAAUCCGAUGAAGGGUGUGGAGGGAGCUGAUGAGGUGAAGGAAGAGUCUGGCAAUGCGCUGGAGAAGAGCAAAUCUGAUUCGAAAUUGAAUCAAAGUCUGCUUGAUGAGGCUGUGAUGACACGUUCCAAUUCCAAUCACAGUAUGUCCAAGAAGAGUCCCAAGAAGACCAAGAAAUCCAAAUCGUACUCGAAGUUGCAAGAGUUGGACAAGGAUAUUUGUUCAGACACUGGACAACUGAUCAUCCCGGCCAUGUCGACGCCAAAUCUGGAGUAUCAGAACAAUGUGGGGAAGAAGGGAAAGAAGAAGUCACCGAUUGCGAAGUUGAGGAGCAAGUCGAAGACACCGGAAAACACACCGCAAAUUGCUGAGGACUCCAAUGUGGAAACCACACCCGAACCGACGUCAAUUGUGAGCGAGAGUGGCGUGAGUUUGGGCGAGGAGGAGGCGAGAGUGGAGCUGCGGGAGACCAGCAUGAAGGAGUACUCAAUUCUGGAGCAGUGCAUCAGGCAGUAUGAGAUCUUCUAUCAGAUUUAUGUGUCAAAGCAAGUGUUGCAAAUUUCGGGUACGGACGCCAAGACGACACCGUGCAGGAUCACAGUGAGUCCGGAGAUGACGGGCAGGAGUUUGCUGAUCAGUGAGGACAUUGUGGAGGGCGAUAGUGUGGAGAGAUUGAAGGAAAUUGACAGGAUGUUCAACACACUGAAAGUCAAUGUUCACUGUCGUGUCUCGAGACUGCAAAGUUUACUCUACAGAACACUGUUGAGGUCAGAUAUUGAGCAUUCUGGGGAGAAGAGUGUCUCAUUCAACAUUGCCGGAUCGGAGAGUGAGGCUGAAGUGGCGGAUUUGGAUCUGGAAGCAGCUGAGAAGGGUGUGUGCAAUUUGAUGAGCAUCAAACUCAGUGAAUCUCUGAGGAAUGCUGUGAAAUUAGCGUCGAGUUUACUCGUGGAUUUGUCCACAUUUCCCAACUACAAUCAGAGCUUGACGGUGGACAAGCGAGAUAUGAGUAUUCCCAGCUGGCUGAAGGUUCUCUGCCUCGUGGCCAGUUACUUCAAGGCGGACAAGGAGCUGCAAGUGGCGGCGAUAACCACACUGUUUGAGAUGAUAAGUCUCCUGAAGAGCCAAAUAGAACAUGCCACAAGUCCGGGAGUGACUUUUGUCAUCAUGCUGCCCGUGAUGAAGAUUGGCCAUGUGACUUUUCUGGAGAAUCAGACGAGAAUCUUCCAAGUUCUGACAUCUGUGCUGUGGGAUUAUCUGGCAGACACGAGUGUUGAUCGCAGUCAGAUCAGUUCUCUGCUCUAUCAGCUGCACAAUUGUCUGGACAGUGGAGUUGUGGAGACAGUGAUUGGACACAGAAUGGUGAACACGCAUCAGGAGUGGCUGAACAGUGAGGAGUGCAAGACAAUGUCACUUUAUCUUGAUGUCAAUGAGAAUUCGAGGGUGAAGAGCAACAGAUUGUUGGAGUACAAGACGACCAGGUUGUCCGAUGUGAAGAUUCUGUCGCUGCAGGAGUGCGGAGAACUUCUCUCUGAAGGUCCUUCGGUGACUUUCAGGAAGUUUGAGUUGCUGUGGCAUUUGGGACGUGAUCGAGGACUGAGAGGAUUUGACAAGACUGUGCUGAAGAUGUUCGAUCACUUGACACUGCCUCAGCACAUGGCGAUGAGGACUUUCGUGGCCAAGUGGCUGCGAGAGGCUCUGCUGAGGGGAGAUCUUCCGCGGCUGCUUCAGCCUCUCCUGGCCAUUGUGCUGGCGUCCAACACCAAGAGGAUCGGCGUGGUGAAUGCGCAUCUGCUGAAGAAGGGUGGAAAUGACAGUGUUGACAUGUGGUACAAUCCUGACAGACACAGUGUGGACUCCGAAGUGAUUGAGAGGGAUGUUUAUGCCAUCAGUUCGGAGGAUGGCAACAUUCGGUAUCACUUGGAUGGGGCGAAGCAGAAGAAGAGUCCCAUUCGAUCGCUGCAAAAGAAGUUCUUCGGCGUGACGAUAGGAAAUGCGGCGGGAAAGAGUGGAAAACCAGCGAAUUAUAUCACAGAGAAGAACAGUGCUGAUCACAAUAGCAACAUAUCACUGAUUGUCAAUCCUCUGGACACGUCGUCGGAUGUUGAGAAUGUUGAUUCGGACAUUGCGUCGCUCAGCAGCAGUGCGCCGACGAAGAUGGUGAGUGAAGUGACUGUCGAAGCUCCGGCAUCGCCGGUGAAGGAUGAAUCGUGUUCGUCGUGUGACGAGGAGGAUGGCGAGAGUUCGACGGAUUCGGAAUCGGAGACCAGAGACGCGAGUGUUGAGAAGGAAGCGCCGAGUGUGAAGAGAUUCGUUGGCGAUUGCAAUCAAGUGACGGACAUUCUCACUGAGCACGAUCGCACGAAGAACAGAAAGACGUACAAAGUGACAAAGAGUGGAAGUCAUGUGAUGGAGAAGUUGGAGCUUUCUUUCACCGAAGUCGCCGAAGGGAUUCAGUAUCUGGAGGAAUCUGCCUCGGCUGAGGAGUACUUCAAUGGCGAUGAGUCUGUGGAGAGUAUUCUGAAUGACAUCAUUUGCCAGGUGGUGGAAGGUCUCGAGGGUGAGGAGAGCAAGAGAGUCAGCCUGGAGAGCACUUGGUCGGAGUCCAAGGAGAAGACAGAAAGCACAGAUUCCUUCAGUGAAGAUGACAGUGGAACAGGUGGAAAAGCGUCUGGGCAGAAAGACACUUCGCUGACGAGUAAGUUCAAUUGGGAAAUGGCGCAGGAAACAUUCAGGAGAAGCAAGCAAAAUGUGGAGAUUUUGAGACAAAAUUCCGUGGGCAGCAAGAAGAGGAAGGAUGAGAUGAGAAGAGCCUUCUUUGACAAACUCCAUCCAUUGCACACACACAUGCUGCUGUAUUAUGGUGUCUUUGACACCAAGCAAGUGCUCUAUUCCCUCCAAACCAUCAGAAAUAUCAUUGGCAGUGACUUCAGGACGUUUCUCUGUCUCGCCAUGACCACUCCAGUGUCUGACACGCAGAUCAAAGGUCUCCUCACGCGCCACAAGAAGAGCAUCUUCGGCAAGGGAUUCGCGGGCAUGAUUCACAACACGGAAUACAGUCAUGCGUAUCGCGGAUGCAUGUAUCUGGAAGCGCUGGUCACCAUUUGUCUGUACUACUUGAGGAGUUACUUCCAGAAGACUGUCUGCGAGGGCAACAAACUUCCGUGCGCGGAUGACAUCAGAGGCAAUUGUCGCAUUCAACUGGCCAGCAUUGAGUUGCUGACGCUUCUCUGCACAGAAUUGAUGGGAAUUGUGAAGGAGAUGGGCAAGGGAUUGGCCAGCUUCAUUGCCGACAUGAUUGGGAGGUGCAAACUGCAGAAGAUUGUCCUUCACUGCGUGCUGACUUCCGUGCAUUCGUUCACAUUCAAGGAUCCCGUGACAUUCACAGAUGAUACGCUGCGAUUCAAUGAUCCGGACGAUGAGAAGCUCCACUUGGAGGCUUUUCAGAUUGAAUCACUGCGCCUGCUGUUGGCUGUGAUUAAGCUGGAGUAUGAAGUGACUGUGCAGAAGGGUGACAGUGAGAGCAGAAGUCAGGGUGAGAGUUCAGGAUCACAAUCACCAACGCGUCCUGCGCCCAGCACACCGACAAAUGUCAAGUAUUUGCCCAAUUGUCCGGUGAGUCAGCAACCCAUGUUCCUCUCGGCCAUUCUCAAUGCCCUCCAGGCGGAUCAUCUGCGACACUUGCACAAGAACUGGACAGAUGUGGUGACAUCGUCGCUGGGAUGCUACGUUUUUGGCAGUCUCACGAACAUUGUGAUCAGCGUGGUGCAUCAGAUUUGCACAAAUCUCGACAAGGUGACGAAAGGAGGACGAAUUGUCCUGCCGCCGGACUAUAUAUUGGCGCAAUUGGAAGCGAUGACUGUUCUCUCUCACUAUUGUCUCCUCGACAAUACACAGCAAAUGACACUCUCUCAUGUCUUCAAUCAAGCUUAUCCACCUGCAAAUUCCACGACUCAAGCCUCAAAUCCUGGACAGAUCUUCAAUAAUCUCGUUCAUGUGUUUCUCUCCACUCCGGUGGCGACGGAUUUGUCACAGGCAAAGAAUUCACAGCACAUGGCAGCCCGGAAUGCCGUGCUAAGUCACUUGCCGCGAAUCGUGGCGAGUGUGGCGGCGCUGUGGGACAAUGAGAUUGGCCAGACGCGACUGGUGAAUAAGCAAUUGCUUGAAUUUCUCAGUCCCAUUUCCCUCCAUCAUGGUGUGAAUUUCCUCGCCGCUGUGGCUGUGGCGUGGCAACAGCGUGGCGAUCAAUUCCGACGAGUGCAGCAGAAUCAGGAGGAGUCAGAUAGUCGAAAGAACUCGUUGACAAACACUACAAAGGCUCUGCCACAGGCUUGUCCUGAGCAAUUGAGUCUUGUGAAGCUUGUUUCGGGGAUAAGAAUCAUGCCGAUGGAUUCUUUUGUGCAGACUCUGCAUCAAGUGGUGAAAUCUCCGCCGCCAAUUCAUCAUCCGCCGGCGGGAUUGAGUCUGGACGUGAGUGCGCUGGAGCUGUUCUACUUCUACAUGAAGAAUGCCGGCAAUAGUCAACUCACGGACUGUUGGGCAUCGCUUUUGGCACUGCUGAGAGAUGGAUUGGCGCUGUCGCCGCCGGCGCAAUUUGUCCUGCUGGUCAUUCUCAGUGAAUUCGUGCAGCGCUGUCCACAGUUACCAUUUCAGGACAAGAAGGAUCAGCGUGAUCUGCACGAUAUCACAUCGCGCCUCGUGGAGGCACUCUCCACUGUGGCGGGUGCUUGUCUCGAGCAGACCACAUGGCUUCGGCGCAAUUUGGCCGUGAAGGAGGAUCUCGGAUCACUGCCAAUUGAUGGGAAUAUCAAGGAAUCCACAACAUCGCUGAUUGGCAAUCAAUUGUACAGUGUUCAGGCGCAAUCUGUGCUCGCAUCUGUGCUGGCGAAUCUUCUGGAUGUGGCUUAUGGGUCACAGGAGAAGGAUAAGAUUGUCACCAUUGUCACGACAUUGAUGUACAACAUCACGCCUUAUCUCAAGAAUCACACCAUCCGCAAUAUUCCCUCCUUCUACGCAUGUUCCAAUCUCCUGGCCAGCUUGUCGACGUUUCAGUACACCAGGAAAGCGUGGCGCAAGGAUGUGUUGGAUCUGUUGCUGGACAAUUCCUUCUUCCAGAUGGAUUUAUCAUGUCUGCCCUUCUGGAAGUCCAUUCUCGACAGUCUCAUGACCUAUGACAAUACGACCUUCAGGGAAUUGAUGAAUCGCGUGUCGUUGACACAAACUGGUGGAUUGAACAUCUUCACGUCGAAGGAGCAAGAAUAUGAGCAAAGAGCAGCUCUUCUCAAGCGUCUGGCCUUUGUCAUCUUCUGCAGUGAAUUGGAUCAGUAUCACAAGUACAUGCCGGAGAUUCAAGAACAACUGGCAAAUAGCUUGAGAUUGGAGAAAGUCGUUCCAUCCGUUCAGGCUGCUGUCUUUCUCUGCUUUCGCGUUCUUCUGCUGCGAAUGUCUCCCGAUCAUGUGACAUCCUUGUGGCCAAUUAUCAUUGCGGAGAUGGUGCAAGUGUUGCUGUCAAUUGAGCAAGAACUCAAGACUGACACGGAGGAGUUCAGGAAGCAGUCUAGUCAACACAUUCGUGUGCUGUCGGGAUUGGAUUCAACGUGGGUGACCAACACCAGCAAUGGACUCCACUCAAAUGGUCAUCCACAGUGGCGAAUGGUGCAGCUGGAGACGGCGAAACUCCUUGAGUUGGGAUGCGUUCUGCCCGCAACAAACUUGCCACACUUUCAAAUGUAUCGCUGGGCUUUCGUGGCGGGUUUGAAUGAUUACGCGACGGAAUCGCUGAAUGGAGAUGUGAAUGUGAAGCCAGGAGUUCCAACGCCAUCCUCAGUAUUUAUUCCUCAUGUGACGAGAAUUGCUCGACUCAUGGAUUAUCGCUACACGAGUCAUUCACCGAGGCCCGCGUGCGCUAGGAAGAGUCACUUGGUGCUCACUUGCCAGACCAUUGCGAAUCUACAGGAUCUUUACGGGUUCUUCUCCACGCUCAGCGUCACGUGGCCGCCGUACCAAUUUGGCGAUGUGGACAAGGAAGUGGCCACGUGUCUGCAGGAGAUUGAGAGCAUCCUCGCGGCGGACUUCCUGGAGAAGAUGCCACAGUCGAUUGCGAGGUGAAAUGCUGCUAUUCAAGCCCACCUGGACUUCUACUCGCCCUUCUUUGUGUGAUAAAAACAAACAAAAAAAACAAGAGAAUCCUUUUGAAAUUCAUAUGAGUGCAAUCGACGAAAUGCAAUUUCACUGUCCUUUUCCAUUUCCACGCCGCCGGCGCGUGUCGAUUGAUGUGCGCGCUUUGUGUGGGUGGCGAGGAGAGGAGGAGCUUGACGUUUACCGAGAGAACUUUUAUAUUUAUUCCCCUAUUGACUAAUAUAUAUUGACUAAUAACGCGCGAUCGCGUGUCCUUUCCAAGUAUAUGUCCGGCUGAGAGAGAGAGAUAACAUUUAGUCCCUCACGGGAGAACUGCAGCGUGAGGGCGGCUUCUCAUCAAAAACAGUAUAUAUAUUUAGUGACAUUUAAUUUGUAUUGAUGCAAGUGAAGAAAUAAGAGAUUUUAUUAAAUGUUUAAAAGA